AUGUGCAACAUAAUCAAACUGAAGAAGGAUACAAUAUAUCCUAAAGAAAAUCAGUACAAAACACUGGAUGCUACAAUGAGCCCAUACACUGUACAUAUAUCGCUUUAUCAAGAAAAGCCACAAAAUAUAACAAUAAGCAAACAUUUCCCCAUCUUGAUUUCGCGCCAUCUAUGUUCAAACAUUCCACGUCGUUGGUGCUGGCGCUGGCGAGCUUUGCCUUACAACAUGAGUAAAAACAAGUAUUCAGUGCUGCUUCCGACUUAUAACGAGAGGGAUAAUCUUCCUUUAAUAGUGUGGUUGCUGGUGAAGUAUUUUGAAGAGAGUGGACACCAGUUUGAGAUAAUAGUGAUAGAUGAUGGCAGCCCAGAUGGUACCCUGGAAGUGGCAAAACAGCUAGAGAAAAUCUAUGGCAAAGAAAAGAUAGUUCUGCGCCCUCGUGCUAAGAAGCUUGGACUGGGCACGGCGUACAUACAUGGUAUAAAGCAUGCAACUGGGAACUUUGUCUUUAUAAUGGAUGCUGACCUUUCACACCACCCAAAAUUUAUUCCUGAGUUUAUAAAAAAGCAGCAAGAGGGGAACUAUGACGUGGUGUCAGGAACAAGGUACAGGGGCAAUGGAGGGGUGUAUGGCUGGGAUCUCAAGAGGAAAGUCAUCAGUCGUGGUGCAAAUCUCCUGACUCAGAUCUUACUACGCCCAGGUGCAUCUGAUCUCACAGGUAGCUUCAGGUUAUACAGGAAAGACGUGUUGGAGAAGCUGGUUCAGUCGUGUGUAUCUAAGGGCUAUGUGUUCCAGAUGGAGAUGAUAGUGAGGGCCAGACAGUUGGGAUACACCAUAGGCGAGGUUCCCAUUUCAUUUGUGGACAGAGUGUAUGGCGAGUCAAAGCUUGGCGGCAGUGAGAUCAUAGGCUUUGCUAAAGGACUGCUCUAUUUGUUUGCCACAACAUGACCAGUACCGACAGGUCACGUGACCGGGGUCAUUUUGAAGGACAUUAGCCUGGACUUGAUGACCCACUUGGAAGGGAAUGGGGAUAGGGUUACUGCUUGGUUACCGGUGUCGCUGACUCGGGACGACGUCGUGGUCAGACGGUCAGAAGAAAAAUCUUUUUUUUUUUUUUUUUUGAAAAUUUGGAUUGUAGUUGUAAGUCAUGUCAGUGACUUUUUGCCAACGUCUUUUUAUUAUUUAUUUAACGCUUAAAAAGAUAGGAAUUGGUGAGAUUUGAAUUAUUUACCACAUAAUCGAUUUAUAGCAAAAGAGAUUUGCCUCGAUCGAUGAUCAUUUUCUUUUAUGAUGGUGCCUCUUUCUUGUGUGCCUCUUUCUUUCUCAAAUCGCAUAAAACAAUGAAUAGAGCACGCCUUUGUUUUGAAAUGAACUUUUCUUCAAAAAUAAAAACAAAUCUUCGCAGUCUGAGCACGCCGGUCUGAUCCCGAAAACUUGGAGUUACGCCACACAGACUGGCGGGACGCAGAAAGGGCGCCGUCCAGUGUAAAGGGGACUUAAACAAGAUGUACUGUUAGUGUGUGUGUGGGGGG